AUGAAUCAGGGUUUAACAGUUAACUUCGUCUAUAUUACACAAUAAUGCCUGCUCCAUUUCAUUUUUCCAGUCGUUAUUAUUCAUUAAAGUUGAAAAAUUCGUAAGAAGAGAAACCGCGCACUCAGGUUAAUAGUUUUGUUGUACACGAUGUGUUUGCGUAUUUGUUUAGCCUACUUUAAAACGUUAAAUAUCGUGAUAUUUCCAUAGAGGAAUGAAUACAUGUUCGAUUUGUACGUUUGUAUACGAUAAAGGCCGUUUAUGUGCGACGCCCCAUCCGCACAUCACAUCGUCUUAGAGAUUAUUCAGUCCGUCAUUCUUUGCCCAUUGAUUCUAGCUAAUAAUCGUCAGCUGAGAGUAUAAGGUAACGAAGAAUUUGCUAACAUGCAUUACUGUAGAUGAAAAGUGCCCUGGUUAGCACUGCCCUUGUUCUAGACCAAUUUGUGUACUUGUCAUCACCAAAGAGUUCAACUUUUGAACAGCUUUUGGAGUCAUUUCAAGUUCAUUGUGCAGAAUGGCUAUCGUAACGUCAGAAGCAAGAAGGUCACAGGAAAGAAUGAUUUUGGAAGACAUUUUGAGAAAUGGAGAAAUUACAGUAAAGGAAGAAGUUCUGAUUACCACAUCCCUGGUUCCAGUUUUACCCACACACAUCAUAAAUGUGAAGGAAGAACUGGGGACAAGAACACCUCCACCUCCUAUCACCAAAACAGAAGUAAUAGAUCUUGUAGAUGAAGAAGAUGAUGAUGAUGAUGAUGGUGGUGGUGAUGCUCACAGUCAUGAUGGAAUGGAUAUAACAUCACAGCCACCAGUAGUAGCUGACUUCUUGACUAUUGAUCUGGAGGAAGAAUCAGGUACAGUCACAUCCCCACCUACUUCUGACUGCAUAGAAGGUAAUGCAGCACCACAACGUUCCGCCGUGAAGCAACUAGAUGCUCCACACUCAGUUAUGUGUAACGCAAGUGUACCCUCUUCCUUGAGACCCAUAGAAACAAACAGUGAAGACAGUCUUGCUCACGAACUAAAAUGUUCUGAGCCUAUUCGGAGAGAUCCUCUCUCAAAAUCAAGUCAGACAAGCAAUGACUCCAACACUGCACUAGAACCCCAAUGCUUGGGUCCAUUUGAAGAGUCAUCAUGUGUCAAGUGUCCUAAGUGCUCAGUGGUAUUGACUGGGUAUUUUCAAAUUCUCAGUCAUCGUUGUGUUUGCAUAUACCUUUGCAGUGAGACAGUGAAAAAAAAAAUUAAAUGCUUCUUUUGUGUGAAGGAGUAUAGUACUGUGAGAUCUUUGAAAAAGCAUAUUAAAACAUAUGUUCAAAAGACAUACGUAAAGUGUAGCAUUUGUGGUCUACGCCUUACCAGUGAAUCUUCUUUCAGAACACAUGCACUGACACAUACAAAUCAGUGGCCAUAUCGCUGUGACAUCUGCGGUCAGGGUUCUGUAUCAGAGUAUCAGUUGGAGAAUCAUAAAGCCACUCACGCAAAGGAGAAGUCUUGGAUGUGUGAUGUCUGUGGAGCCAUGUUUCACAAUCAUGCAAGACUAAGGAGUCACAAAAUGGUUCACUCAGAAAGGAAACAUGAAUGUGACUUGUGUUACGCAAAGUUCAGAGAACGUUAUCAACUCAAUGAACAUAAGAGGAAGGUACACUCUGCAGUGAAAAUUAAGUUUCAGUGUGAACACUGCAGUUCAGCUUUUACAUCUAAACACCAAUUGAAGUACCAUAUAGAAAUGAAACAUGAUGAUAAUGUAGGUGGAGAAAGCUUCAUUUGCUCUGUGUGUAAUAAAGAAUUCAAACAUAGAUUUGCUUUCAAUAGGCACAUGUAUAAGCAUAAAUAUCAGAAUGAAAAUGUAAUUUACACAUGUGAUAUGUGUAAGCGGAAUUUUGCACAAAAAUCCUCUCUGACUAGGCACAUUUUAGAACACAAUGGGAAACAAUUCAGUUGUACUCACUGUGGAAUGUUAUUUACACAACGAAGUAGUGUAAAAAGGCAUAUGUUAAAAUCGCAUUUCAGUGACAGAUGACGCUUAUGUUUAUGUGGGAGAGACAAAAGGAAAACAGGAUUUUGUGACCUCUGUGACUGAUAGGAAAAUCUUGUGAACUGUUGGACUUAUCAUAUUGCUCUCCAAAAUUAUUAAAUACUUGAUGUUUUGAUCUCUCGUGUGGGAUCUUCUUCAGGGUUGACAGACAAAUGGACAUGUCAAAAGAAAGUGUAUGUUCACACACAAAAGACUGUUUCUUCUCACUUUUUCAGAGUAGUGCAGUUUUUGGAUAAAAAAGUUUUGAAGCUGCUAAUGGUAAAUACUGAUAACUGAUAAGGAAAUAGGAAGGAGGAUACAUUAUUAUAAUAUCAUUGUUUUCUUGCCACUGAGGUGGCUUCCUGAUAACAUUUACUUGCUUGAUGGCAGGUAGCCAUGAAGCCAAAAUUUCUUAAUGCGUGAUUUUAAAAAUCCUUUACAAAAAUGGUGGGUCGCAUCUGAACUUGCAGUAUUCAGGUUCUGGAAACAGUUGUUCUGAUCUGACAGACAAGGUCAUAGGGAAAAAUUAAGAAAUGUAUUAUACCAUAGGUUAGAAAGCGUAAAUUUCUGAUGCCCCAAAUAUCUGUUUUUCCCAGAAUAUAUGGUCUCCCAUAGGUAGACAAAGAGGGAUGUUCAGGGUUAACUUUCCAGUGUACUUUUUAGUUUGUCGUUUAUCACAGAAACUGAAACAUCUGGUUGGGAAAAUGAACACUUUCUUGAGGGAUUCCGAACAUUCAUUAUAAAUGUUGUGAAGGAUUUCAAAAAUUUGUUGUAAGGAGUACACACAGUGAAGAUAUCCAGAAAUGACAUUCUGGUGAGUUUCAAUGUGCCUUUUUUAAAGACAUCCCAGUAAUAGAUGCUAUGUAGUUUGUCGGAGGCAAAAUUGCUAUAAAUAUAUGUGAACUGGUCAAAAUCUGCACGUGGUUAAGUUGUUUUGAAUAUAAACAAUAAAUAUUUGAGCAUCCUGAUGAUAAUGCUGUGUGGUCACUUUUGUUGUCAGUAGAAGCUGACAUUUUUGGGAGCAUUCCCAGGAACUGGCAUUAACUAAUGCAGAACUAAAACUAUGCUGGUUCCACAAUGUCAGUGUUUCCGAGCUUGGGGUAAUUACACCUUGAGAGGUAAAAUAGAAUUUUAGGGAUAAAAACAGAAAGGGUUCAGUAUUCACUACCUAAUUAGACUCGUAAGUUUUAGAUAAGCACUAAUUCUAACAUUUUUAAAUUUGAUUGUUAACACAUGAUAGACAUGGCAGAGGUUACAGCGGAUGUAUUUAUGACACUGUUUGAAAUUUACACACUGUCAGUGAUGACAGUUAGCUGCAGCUCACCACUUCCUUAGAGCAGCAUAUCCAUUGCUGGCUCCACCGAGAUACCAGCUUGCUCAUCGUUCUUCUUUUGUUAGUCAGUCAUUUUCUUGCCAAAUGCUAGUAAAUCAUCGGACACGUGAAGUGAAUGCACAAUUGUUGCCUCCGAUUUCACUACACAGAUUGUUAGAUGAGAAACAAAGGAAGGUGAGCGGAAGUUUUCCUAUUCCAGAGCCAACUAGUAGCUGAGAAAUUGUUAAUUUACAGCAUUGCAUUGGUAGGUGUUUGUACUCAUGGAACACCUUCCAUGUUGUGCGUUUGCUCUGGAUUGCACACAUUGGUGAAAAGAGUUGCUCCAAAUGCAACCUUCAGCCACUGCAUUAUACAUUGCUAUGCUCUGGCAGUGAAAGCACUUCCUCCUAAUUUGUUGAAUGUACUCACUUAGGCAGCAAAGAUUGUAAACUGCAUCUGAGGUACUGCAACAAACACAAAGAAUUGUGGAAAGAGGUAGGAAAUGAAUUUGAUGUUCACUUCUUCCUCACAGAAGUGUGAUGGCUAUCACAUGGCAAGAUGUUGCAUAGAGUGCUCAAGCUUUGACAAGAAAUAGUUUUUUUUUUCCUAGAAAUGGUAAAGGUGGAAAAGGAGAUAGACAUAACAUACCAAAAUAACAGAUAAUAUAUUUAUUUCCAAAGUGGCAUAUCUUUGAGAUAUCAUUGUAGAAAUAAAUAUAUAUAUAACCUCAGAUUUCCUUGAAAUAUGGUGACUAUUUUGACAGCACAAGAUGACACUGCCAGUUUUCCUCACAGCUUUGAGCUUUAGCAAUUCACAGUUGAAGUUCAAUAUUUUGCUUCUCCAAGAACUGAUAGAGAUGUACAAUGCGAAUAGAGAAAAACGGUUAUUGACACAUGGAAUAAGUCAGCACUUAUCAUCAGUAAAAAAUUCUAUCAGCAUCAACUUUCCUGAAAUGGAGAAUAAACAAGACUGGGAUUUAAGACUGUUUUCCAUUAAUGAAGGAAUAUUUUCAGAAAGUAAAGUUCAAGCCAAAGCAGAAUUUUUUAGUGAAGACAACGCACUGAAAAUAGAUUUAUCUUAAACAGAACUAGCAACAUUUUGGUGAAAGAUUAGUGAUGAGUAUUCUUUAUUAUAAGAAAAAGCCUGAUUCCGUUUGCCACACCUUACAGAGUUGAAAGCAGAUUUGCAAAUGGGGUGGCAAUGAAAACAAAAGUGAGGAACCAAUUGAAUUUGGAAGAUGAUUUACAAUGUGCAUUGGCCGACACCAAACUGAAUCUGAAGAAGAUUGUGAAAAAUAAAUAUUAGCAAAAAUGUUACUGACAUUCAUUAUUUCUUGGCUUAAUAUAAUGCCUAGAAAAAUAUUUCAUUUGUUGAACUUUAAUGAAAUAUGCAUUUCCGUGUAGUUUUAAAAAUAGGGAUGUUCAAAAAAUCUAAACUUCCCUGAGGUACUGAACUCAUGAGGGCAUUGAUCUCUAUAUGAUCUCGUUCAAGGGUAAAGGUCCAAGAAAAAUUUGGAACCAGUGCAGUAUGUGAUGACAUAUUUGUUGUAUGAUCAUGCAAAGAAGAGCUAUAUAAAUUACACAGUUUCCUAAAUAACAUUCCCCUUGGAGAUAGUGAGGCUGACCUCCUGCUCCGAGAUGUGUUGAUCUAUAGAAGACUGAUCAAAGCAAGAUUUCUUCAGGAAAAAAUUGUUGGUUAAUGGAUACAAUGAUUUUUACAUUAAUAGAGCCUUCAGACGAAGUCAAUAAUAAUAAUGCAAACAAGGUGAAUGAGGAACCUAACUCAAAUUCUGUUACCAUUUAUCACUAGAGUAAUCAACUAUGUAGGAAAAAUCGUUCGGAAGAAUGGCAUAAGGAUCACGUUUUUUCAGUCAACACAAAAUUAGACUUUUUUUCUAUCUAGAAUGGAUGUGAUUAAGAUUGAUUGACUCUACACUGCAGAAAUUGAAGUGAUAUGUGGUUGUGACAAAGAAUAUACUGGCAAGACUGGGAACACAAUAAAGUAAUAUGUUAAAGAGCAUGAAUGCCACACACAUUUACGACAAAGGGUAUAAUCUGCAGCACUGGAGCACCAAGGUGAACAUGACAAAGUUAUAGAUUUUAAUAACAUGAGAGUUCUAGCUAAAAAAAGUAAUACUUGUAAAAGGAAACUCUGUGUGGCAGUUGAAACGUAGAAGAAUGAGCUAAUGACUGAUAGAGAUGAUGAUGGCUACAGGCUUGUGGACUUCAUGGCUACCUGCCACAAAAGGAAGUAAAAAUGUAGCCAUAGCAUGCGAGGAACAUAAAUGACUAUCAGGAAACACACUCAGUAAUUUGAUAAAGUUCCCACACUUCUUUUAGCAUGUACCCAAUGACAAUGGUCCACCAAUAGCAGUGUAAGAUUUUUGCACAAAUACUCCAUUUCUCUGAAAAAACUUGGGAAAACAGCAUUUUCAUAAGAAAAUACGCCAUUGUUUUUCAACAGUGGUGAGCCACCAGAGGACACCUAAAAUGAGUGAAUGAACUGUCCUGUAAAAGAUUGUUGCCGAGGGAUUGAAGCAGCAAGUAUUUUAGUGAAGAGUAAUUUAAUGCAGCCUAAAAGCCUGAAAACUUUUAUCUGUAAAUGGAAAGCAAUGAUGGACAAAAUGCAUAUGUGAAUUUCUGUGUGGCUAUUUUAUAAGAAAUUAUUGACCAUUAUAUUGUAAGUUAUCUAUACUUCUUUUUUAUAAUUUUUUUUCCACUUGAAUUUUAAACCAACAGAAGACAACUACCUUGUUAUUUUCUUUCUUGCUCACAGGUGUCAUAAAAUGUAAUAAUAUUUCAGUCA